UAUCAUCAGCCCUAACUUGGCUAUUAAAUAUCACUAUCUUUUAACCUUUUUUCCCACUCUCUUUGCCUUUUGGUUCUCUUCCUCUUCCUCCUCUUCACCCAAAAACCCCCGCCCGAAGCUAGGGUUACUCUUCUUCUUCGUUCUCUCUCUGGGUUUUUUACAUUCCUCUUUCUUGGGGCAUUUUAGGGUUCUUGAAAUUUUUGCACUCAUUUGAUUUUUUUUGGGUUAUUGUUUUCUUUGGAUCUGGAUCUGUGAAAGAAGUUCUCUAAUGGAUACUCGUAAAAGGGGAAGACGUGAAGCUGGGUUCAAUGCUAAUGGCGGCAUCAAGAAAUCUAAACCAGAAUUGGAAUCUUUAUCAACUGGUGUAGGAAGCAAAUCGAAGCCUUGCACCAAGUUUUUCAGUACUGCUGGUUGUCAAUUUGGUGAGAGCUGCCAUUUCCUGCACUAUGUUCCUGGAGGUUACAAUGCAGUGUCCCAGAUGAUGAACCUUGCACCAGCUGUUCAACCAGCUUCUAGAAACGUGGCAGCGACAGCUGCAAUACCUCAUGGAUCUGCCUCUGCGGUCAAAACUCGGUUAUGCAACAAAUUUAGUAGUCCCGAAGGUUGUAAGUUUGGUGAUAAAUGUCAUUUUGCACAUGGAGAGUGGGAACUUGGCACGCCUAUUGCUCCAUCUCUUGAUGAUCCCCGUUCCAUGGCACCUCUUCCUGGCCGCAUGGGCAGUCGGAUGGAACCACCACCCCCAUCAGGUCCUGCUGCUACGUUUGGUGCUUCAGCAACUGCGAAAAUUAGUGUGGAUGCUUCCCUUGCAGGAGCCAUUAUUGGGAAAGGUGGUGUGCACUCCAAGCAGAUAUGUCGUCAAACAGGUGCAAAGCUAUCUAUUCGGGAACAUGAGUCAGAUCCAUCACUUAGGAACAUCGAGCUCGAAGGAUCAUUUGAGCAAAUUAAAGAAGCCAGUGCAAUGGUUAGAGAACUAAUCAGCAGCCUGGGUCCAGUACCAGGUCCAGCCAAAACAGCUGGUGCACAUGGUGGUCAAGGGCAUCCGGGAAGCAACUACAAAACGAAGUUGUGCGACAAUUUUGCAAAGGGAAGUUGCACUUUCGGAGAAAGAUGUCACUUUGCACACGGUGCAGCCGAGUUGCGGAAGUCGGUAGUGUGAAGGCUAAACAAAUGCAUUCCAAGUAGUUAAUAGCAUUGAGAUAUUAUGCAGUCUUGUAUGAGUUAGAGCCUUGUUUAACAUUCUAGCCGUGCUAUACUAUCUAGUUGAAGUGCAUGUCUUGAGUUUUUUACUUUUA